UAUCUUUAACCCGGAAAUCCACCUCAAUACCAGCUGCUGCUCUGCAGCCGAAAGUUGGCUUAUUACGGGGCGAAAGUCAGGCCAAGCUGCCUGAAGCUGCGCCCAAAGUGGCAACCAAGCUUGGCCCAAGAUGUGGCCCACUUUCCAUUUCCACUCGGGCAAGUAGAAGCAGCCUAAAGCCAAAAGAAAUUAAGUAACGAUUUAGAUAUCUGGGGAAUGUAAGAUACCGCUUUAUUCAAUGUAUAUGAGAUAACAGCAACGUUUAUCGUGCACACGACGCUACAGGCUUACUAUGAAACAAAAUGCCCACCUGCUCAAAUAUAUUAGUCUCGUUACACUCACGCUGCAGAAUGCCCUGGUUGGUCUUAGCAUGCGAUACGCUCGCACCAGGUCAGGGGACAUGUUCCUAUCCUCCACAGCUGUUUUCAUGGCAGAGGUGGUAAAGCUGGUAACGUGCUUGUUUGUGGUGUAUUUUGAAGAAGGUAGUUUUGUUAAAUUCCUCCGAACACUAGACAGUACUAUUAUCAAGCAACCUAAAGAUACUCUAAAAGUCUGUGUGCCCUCCAUGGUUUAUGUGAUUCAGAACAAUCUGCUGUACAUAUCUGCAUCUAAUUUGGAUGCAGCCACAUACCAGGUGUCCUAUCAAUUGAAAAUUUUAACUACAGCUUUCUUUGCGGUUGUUAUUCUAAAGAAAACUCUAAGAAGGAUUCAGUGGGGUGCUUUAGUGAUACUUCUAACAGGUGUGAUACUAGUGCAGCUAGCUCAGGGUGGCCCACAAACUGUUCCAUCAGGGAUUGAACAGAACCGACUGCUAGGCUUCACUGCAGCAUUAACCGCCUGUUUCCUGUCUGGCUUUGCGGGUAUAUAUUUCGAAAAAAUUCUCAAGGGAUCUGAAAUCUCCAUAUGGAUGAGGAACGUCCAAUUGAGUCUUUUAUCUCUGCCAGUCGGCAUUUUGACAUGUUACUUGAAUGACGGCAAAGUCAUACAAGACCAAGGCUUUUUCUUUGGCUACGAUGGCUUUGUGAUAUAUCUUAUUGUGUUGUCUGCAUGUGGUGGAUUAAUUGUUGCAAUGGUUGUCAAACACGCGGAUAAUAUUCUAAAAGGUUUUGCGACAUCUCUCGCGAUCGUGAUAUCAUGUGUAGCUUCAAUUUAUCUUUUUGAUUUUCAAUUGACGCUGCAGUUUACGUUGGGUGCAGCACUCGUCAUUUGUUCUAUUUUCAUGUACAGUCAUCAACCUAAAAACGAUAGAAUAGUUUAACUUUUAAGGUGGUAUAAAAUUUGUACAUUCUUUGGUUUCGUUAAACGAAACGUUGACGAUUAUAUAUGCCUUGUAAAAUAAUCCAAUACAUCUUUAGUAGCCAUAGAAUAUUUUAGUUGAUAAUUUUUUACAAAAUUUUGAUUUAUUUAACUGUUGACAUAAAACUCAAUAUAUCUAGAUACUAAUAAUUUUCUUAUUAGCGUUUACAUUGUUUGUUUAAUAUAAAAAAUUUUAAAAUCUAAUUUUUUAAAAGUUGGAAGGGAAAAGUCGAUAGGAAUCGAUAUUAAUGACAAUCUAACUAUAAAAGGGACGUUUGCAAUUUGAUUAUGUAUAAAACUAUUUUUGUACACUUAAGAUAAGGAAUUGUAUAUAAAGAGCAUGCGU